GGCAGCUUUAUCUUCGCCCUGGCCACUUCCUUCUUCAGCCUUUACCUCCUCGUUCCCCUCGGACACCCGGGUCGGACCCGCGCGGCCUCAGCUCUCCAUUGGACGAGAAAACGGAGCCCAAAGGGGAGUCGCCCGGCCAGUGGCACCAGUGAUGAUCGAUCGUGUGAUGGGCCUGUAGAGGAGAGAUGUGGGGACCCGCACUUGGCAGGAUCCCAAACUUGCAGGAGCGAUUACCAAAUAUGGAGUGUGCGCGCCCCAGCGAGGGAGGAAGGAACCCAGUCAUCUUUUGACCCGCGCCGGCUGUUCCUGCUUGCAAAGAGAGGAUGAGGAGGGGGGCUGGGAAGAUGCCCUCCUCCAGGGUGUGAAGUUGGCUUUUGAUUCCCAGGGACCCCCACUCGGGUGAUAAUGAAUGUGGAUCAUGAAGUUAACCUCCUAGUGGAGGAAAUUCAUCGCUUGGGUUCAAAAAAUGCUGAUGGGAGGUUAAGCGUGAAGUUUGGGGUCCUUUUCCGAGAUGACAAAUGUGCCAACCUCUUUGAAGCAUUGGUCGGAACGCUCAAAGCUGCAAAACGAAGGAAGAUUGUUACCUACCCAGGAGAGCUGCUUUUACAAGGUGUUCAUGACGAUGUCGACAUUGUACUGCUGCAAGAUUAAUGUGGUGUGCACAUCUUUGCGUAUUACUGUUUUGGUUUUCUAAUAAACUGGAAUGUUAAGUCAAAGAACAAAUGUGAAUUUAAUGUAUUUUUAUAAAACUUGGUAAAUGGAAGGGGACUCAUAUUUUAGAAGUCUUCCCUUUUUUAUAUCUUAAAAGGAAUUGUAUGAACUGCGUUGUAAAAUAAACAGAACCUAUUAUUUUUCUCAGGAAUCUGGUUGGGAAAUGUAACCAAUGGAACUUUUUUUUUGAGAGAUUGGGGAAUAUUUCAUAAAGCCAUUCUUAGAUAAUUUCUGUAGAUAUAUGACAUUCUGUCAAAGUGAAAAGCAAAUGGUGACCAACUCCCACAAGAAAUGUUCAAGUUUUAUGUAAUAAAAACAUGUAACUGUUUUAAGAUCAA